AUGGAUUAUACAGCGGUGUGUUCUUUCUUUGGAAGCUCCAUCUUCCAUGGUGAACUCUGGGGAAAUUUCCGCGACGCACAACUACAACUUGACUUGCUGCUCCUUAGCAUUGGGGAUCAGCAAGAUCAUGCAAAGGCUGAAGCCUUCCUGCUACAAGCUAUUACAUUCCUAUUACAAGGGAAGCACGCUGACUCGCAGGCGUGGCUUGACAAGAUCGGCGAGAUCCCUGGCAUAUCACCACGAUGGUUCUUCAGAAAGUCGAGCUACCAAAUACUGAACGUGGCGAUGUCACGCUCCCCAGUAGUCACUUGGCCAUUGCAUCGCCUGAGCUCACCUGUCUUCGAAGUAUGGGACUCUGCAUCCUAUCCGGCCAGCGCGGUGAAGCCCUUUAUGGCUGCUUCUAAGAAGCUUCGUCAACACGCACUUCCCAUAGACUUGUUCGAACAAGACUUGUUUUGCUUCGUGUUCGGAAUUUCACAUCUCGGGUUCCGGGCUCAAGAGUGCCAGUAUUGGAAGGCAGGUGGGAGAGAAGCAUGCGACGGCUUGGAGGAAAUGGAAGAUUUUAUACUCAUGUUGGAGGGUGAGCAAUUCAGCUAUGCAGUCUUGCGAAAGAGAGCCUUGGAACUUCAACUCUAUAUGACGGAAUCGUCCCUCCAGAGGCUUUUAGUGGAAGCGAAUAGAGCCUUGCCGUCGUUGAACAAGGAUGUGUUUGCCCACAGGCUUAAUGACGUGUGGAAAUUAUGCGAAGAAAGGGGCGAUGAUCUAGGUGUCGCAGGGUGUGCUAUCAUGACAGGCGAUAACUUGGUAUCUGGGCAACACACUUCGCCUGUGUUCUUGAAUAUGCAGGUUGGAGACAGGCUGGACGAGAUCCAUUUGCGCACCGCCGAAGCAGGGUACCUUACACCCUUGCUCGAUAUCCACUCUGCCCCUGUGAAUGAUCACGGCUGUGCCCCUCAGGGGACAUUUGAGGAAAUGAUGGCUGAGAAUGUACCGCAACACUCUUCGCUCACUGGAACUGAUCCUGCAAAGAUUGCGGAAAUCGAGCGUAUCCAAGCUGCCUGGAAGAUAUACGACAAAGCGGACUAUAUAUAUCAACAAAAAGCUAAUUUGCGAGGCCUAGGUGCCGUGAAGCUCCGUCGAGCCUGCCUCUUAUCGAUGAUGCUCUCUAGCGCUGGAGUUAUGUGGGCGGAUCAUAGACAUUUCUCGCAGCUCAAAAGCCGCAUCGAAAAGCUCCUCAUCGACGCAGGAGAGGUUUUCUCGGCGUGUGGCGACACAAUUCACGAAAAGCUGGCCAAAGUCCACCUCUUCAUCACCGAACAGUUAUCGACAGGAUCUGCCGAGAAGGCUCGUGAAACGGGAGCCACGGCUGAGGGUGACCGCGCGACAAUGCUGCAGUGGUAUUUCGUCUGCUUUACCCAGAGGUUGGGGGAUUACUAUCGCUACUUUUGCAGCUCCCAAUAUGGGAUCCAUUGUCAUGAGAUCGCCCGGCUUCUCUGCCUCCGAUCUCCUACAUUGAGAUUUGUCUGGUUCCAGAGCGUCGACGCCAUCACGGAAUUUUCAAUGGCAUUCGGCUUCAGUCAGGUGGCAAAGGCAUCGAUUGCUUCGAUGCUAGACGGUCUGCCGCCUUUGUUAGAAAGGCUGGAAGCCGCUGAGCGGAUCAAUGCCGAUGAUGUUGAAGUCGCCCUCUGCUGCAAGAACCUCCGUUGGUAUAUUGUUCAAAGACUGAUGCGCAGAGUUCUUUCAGCCUACACACUUGUCGGUGACUUUACGGAAGAAGGCGAAAAUGUCCUCAACAGACUGUCUGGCCAACUGAAUGAUUCGCCAGAACAGGACUUUGAGACAGUCGACUUAGACACUAAAGACUUGAUAAGCAUCUACCGGGAAAGACGAAGAUGUUCACGCCUGCUGGAAGACGGUCAUCAAUCGUCUUUCAAUGAAGUCGCACAGCAAAUGGUCAAUAUUUACACCCAGCGGCCGUCGUUCGACGUUCUUGAGCAAUGCUGCUCGUUCAUGAUUGAGAUAUCGGACAAUUCAAUACCAAUGCGGCAGUUUACUGAGAGGUUUGUCCAAUUGGAUCUGCAGCAGCUCUCUUACUUCCACGACAAGCAAACAUUCUGCAAGCUGAACGGAGCGUCUGACGAGCAAAUGGAGGCUGGGAAUUAUGUGAUGGAGAUCUUUCUGCUGGAACGCGCCAUGGGGAUCUGUGUCUCCAUGAAACGAUGGAAGAAUGCAAGUCAGAUUAUGGCCGGCCUUUUGAAAAAGCUUCCUGAAUAUGCUACAUCGGUGUACUGUCCAACGAGCUCAAUGCCGUGGCAGCGGCGCUUGUGGGCCGGCCUGAUUGCAGAGCACGAAGGCCGAUACCAUGAUGCCCUCAGACUAUUCUUCCAGAGCUGGUAUUUCGCUACCAUCGGGAGCACUCAGGACAUGGAUAUUGAGCAGAAACGGUUCCAGAUGAGCUUUUCGGACUUUGCAAGGAUAUAUACUUGUAUCGCUCGCCUUUGCAUCUACAUUCGAACGCAGCGAUUCAGUCUACCCGCGCUCGAAAGCGCGCUCGACAGGGAUCCAAACGACAGUUACCUUCUUCUGAGUGCGACAUCGAAGAAGCAUAUUCCGCCAGAGAGGGCAGAUGAAACAGCCAUAGAGUGGCUCGAGCUAGGUAGAGCCAGAAACACGAUGACGUUACUGAAUUUGUGGAAGAGCGACCAGCCAGACUCCGAUCUCAGCCAGUGGCUCGAGCUCAGCCGGAAAAUGACUCUUUGGACUGAGCUUCAGAGCUGUGGUACGAUGCGGACUCAAGCAGAGGAGGAAGAGUUUCUGCAGCUCGACCGAGAAGCCGACCAGAUACAGAAUUUUCUCAUUGACAAUCUCGGCGUCGUGCGUAAUGAGAUGGGAGAGGCGUCUCAUCGGCACAAAUUUGCAACACUGUGCUCAUCGCUUCCAAACGCGCGAAAGCGCGAGGCUCGUCGAUGCUUCAGGUCAAUAGCAGGAUGGUCUGAGACUCCCGCAGGACCGUGCUCCAAGAGACGUGUAACUCUCCCGCAUCACGUCGCCGCCACACUUCUUUCGCAACCAUCUCCGCCGCCUCUGCGUUCUGGAAACCCGCCCAAGCAGCGUGCCUCAUACAAAGUAUGGCACGGCGGCGCAGGCUGUCUCCAAGUGCUUCGCAAGCAGCGAUGA